AUGGCGUGGGCUUGCAGGGCGCCAAAGCCUAAGCAAAAGCAGGAGACGCCAAAAGAUGCCGGCGAUUCGCAGCCAGACUUCGUCAAGCUUCGCCAGUCGACCAAGAUGGAGGAGCUGGACGAGCAGUUGCGCGAAUACAUUGAAGAAUGGCGCAAACAACGAUCAAAGGAAGAGGACGAGCUCAAGCGCCUCAAGGAGAAGCAGGUCAAACGCAAGCAACUCCGGAAAGAAGAGGAGAAGCGGCUGAUGCAGAAGAAGCGCGAGGAAGAGUUGCGCAGACAGCGAGAAAUCGAGGAGAAGAAGCAGAAGGACGCUGAUGAGAAACUCAGACGCCUGGAGGAGGCCGAGAAGAAGCGUCAGGCCAUGAUGAAGGCGCAGCAGGACAAGAACAAGGGCCCCAACUUCACCAUCCAACGAGGAAUGAAAUCCACGACUGAUGACCCGCGGGCAGAGUUCAACAAGCCAAAGGAACUGCUGGAGGAAGAGAAGAAGGUGUCUUUGGCCAUUCGCAUCAAGGCCCUCAACGUGGACAACCUGGGCAUGGAGAAGCUCAAGGACAAGGCCAAGGAAUUGUGGGACCGAAUUGUGGAACUCGAGACUGAAAAAUACGAUCUUGAGGAGCGACAGAAGCGCCAGGACUACGAUGUGAAGGAGUUGCAUGAGCGGCAAAAAAUGCAGAACCGCCAGAAAGCAUUGCGUUUGGGACUCGAUCCCCAGGCUUUGACUGGAAAAUACCCGCCGAAAGUUCGAGUUGCCAGCAAGUACGAUCGACAAGUGGAUUUGAGAACGUUUGGUGAUAAGAAAGAACUAUUCCAGGGUGGCUGGGCAGUUCUCUUUCAAACCGAUUCUGACGUGACCUGGAAAUCCAGGCAUGAGGCAUUCACGAGUCGCUCUAAAACCAAGUUGCCCAAGUGGUUCGGAGAACGGCCAGGCAAGAAGAAGGGAGAACCGGAGACGCCGGAAGAAGAGCUCCACAAGGAGGCUGAGGUGGACCUCGACGACAUCGACAUCACCAACCCACCAGACUUUGCUGUCGACGAAGAGGAAGAAGAGGCACCAGCAGCAGCCCCAGCAGCCGAGGAAGAAGAAGAAGAAGAGGAGGAAGAGGAAGAAGAAGAAGAGGAGGAGGAAGAAGAAGAAGAGGAGGAAUAAUAACCGACCUUUUCGCCGGAGAAAAACCUCGCCGGUGCUUGUGUGUUGAUCUGGAAAGCUCUGUCCAACUAUAGCUGAUAUAUCACGGCAUGCAUCGACUGGCUUGUCCCCUUCGAGUCCAGGGUUCUAUUUAAUUUUUCUUUUUGUUUUCUUUCAUUUCGAAAAAUUGCCUCGUCGAGAGAAACUGUUGAAUGUUUGCUUCAUCACCUUCAUGUGCUGCUGCUGCUGCGUGGAUUUUCGUUGCCUCGUGAACCAAGCUUCUGCGGAGGCCGGGAUUUUAGUCGCAUUUUCUGGAUUUAAAAAAAAAAGAAAAAGCAGAAACGAGAAACUAAUUGCAAAAAAAAGAGAGAGAAAAGAAGAAAAGAAUACCCGUAUUCACUCAGGUACGCGUACAUCAUCAAUGAAUUUCUGUCAGUCGAAAGUCUCCGCUGCUCAUCUAUUGUGCCCAUGUGACCUGUUUGAUAUUAAAGCAUCGAUUCUGAUUCACUGAGUUA